AUGCCCUCGGAGCGGGUCACCUGUUCCGCAGCGUCCCUGGCGCCCGGGGUUCGAGGGCCCGGCCAGCGCUCGGAAAGUUAUUUCAAAAAGCAGACGUGUUGCAACCCUCGCUGCAGCAAACUACAAGAGGCGGAUUUCCCGAACCCCGCCCCACCCCCACCCAGCCCCGGACCCGAGCCCACGGACGGGCUCGUGCAGGGAGGAGGGCCACCCGAAAACGCACCUACUCGCUCCCGCGCCCAAGUGCAAUGGAGAGAAAGCCCGAAAGCAGAGCCAUCCCAGUCCCGGCCUGGAAGGGAUCGGGCUGCUGGUUAUCGGCCUCCCGCUUGCCCUCCCCGCGGGAAGCUGCGACCACUCAUACCUGCAGCGGUCCCGGGCUCGCCCUCGCUCUGCUCGCCCGAAUCCGAAUCCAUGCUGCGGGCUGCCAGCUGGGAGUCCACAGCUGCCAGUCCGCGGGGCGCUCGGGCCGGCGUCCUGCUCGGGCUGCCGCGUCUCGCUCGGGCCAGGCAGUGCGCGGCGGCCUCGGCCAGGGGGCGGCUCGGCAGAGACGAGCGCCGCCCGCGCCCGGCUCCCCGCGCUCCCCGGCCGGUGCCUGCGCGCGAGGCGAGCGCGGGGCUGAGGGUGGGGCGCGCUGGGAGAGCGCGGGGAGGAGGGCGGGGAGGCGCGAGCUGGGAGGAGCGGGAGCGUCCGGCGCUCCGGGUGCGCCGGACUGGGGUUAAAUACCCGAGGGCGGUGCCGCUCCUCCACCCGCGCCCGGAGUCGGGCGUCUGCACCCCGGGACUGGCAGAGCGCGGCGGGGUCGUGCGAAGGAGUAUAAAAAUAAUGCAUGUAAGGGGCCGAGAACAAGGCCUGGCACCCCACGAGGAAGUAAACAACGCGCAGCAGGUAAUGCUGACGCGGGUGGUUCUCCCCCGCGCGGACAUGGACGCGGGAGCAGCAGUUUGGGAAGGCCGCGCGGGAGCUGGUUCUGAGAUGGGGAGCCGCUGUCCAAGGCGGGAGCCUGGCCACUUCCAAGCCCUGACCUGA